ACUGUCCAGUAAAAGAUCUCCUCGGGAGUGGCUGUCCUCCUAUAGACGAGGAACUAGACAGAGAUUGAUGGAAUCAACCACUAUUUUGUCAAAUAUGCAUUCGACCUUGUAUUGAUCACGGAUAACGAUUUUGUCGUUCAUAAUCGACUAUCGCUGAACAUUUCCUACAGUUUUGAUGAUCAUCAUGAGCACUGCAGUUCGAAGACCAUCAACUGGUAAUGUACCCAACAUGCGCCGACCUUCGUUGAUAUCGACUCACAAACAUCCGCCGUCCGUCGAUAUAUCCACUUCCGGUCGUGCUGCCAUGAUCAUGACGUCAGCUCAGACACACACAACAGUUCCGGUUUCAAAAAUGGAGAAUAGUUUCAGCCUUGAACCUUCGGAGAAAUUUCCAUAUUCCGAAGUAAAAGAAAUAAUGAAAAUUGUUAUGCACGACAUGAUUGGUAAUAUGUCCUAUGAUGCAGAGGAAUGCACCACGCUGUCUGCAAAUCUUGCUGACGUCAUCAAGCAGAAAGUGAAGGAAGUGUGUAUCCCGCGGUACAAAAUUGUAACGAAUGUUUCGAUUGGUCAGCUCAGCGGUUCUUCUUUAUGUUUAACCAGUCGAUGUAUAUGGAAUGAAAAGUUUGACAAUUACUCAGAGUAUACGUAUACAAAUGGUAAACUGUACGCCGUAGGACUGGUGCAUGGUAUGUUCUGUGAAUAAGUGUGACGAUGGGGGAAUUUAUUUGUUGGCCAUUUGUUACAAGUGCAUCAGCUUAACAAGACUUUGUCUUUGAUAAUAUAUUUUUAUGGAAUGUGCCAAAAUGCUUUUAUUAACAACGUUUAUCUACACAAAUGCUUUUUACACAAAUAUUGCUCUGUAUAAGAAAUAAAAGAAUAGAGAAAAUCAAA